UAAAGCCCAGCAGCUCAGCGCCGAACAAUGCACGGAGCAGCAAUGUGCUGACUCCUGCCCCGACCCACAGGCCCAGCUGCUUUUCAGCACCAACAUGUAUAAAUAGGUCCGUUUACUCUGAGGUCAGGACAUCGUUUUUGUGGAGCCCCCUGUGAGCACUGAACAGCUAUUCUUUGGGGCCGGUCAGGUAUAUCAAGUCGGAAACACAAAGUAGCAUGGCUCUAAACAACCCUAACCCACUGGGACCAUGGAAAAUCACAGUUUAUGACCAGGAGAACUUCCAGGGGAAGCGUCUGGAGUUUACCUCAGCCUGCCAGAACAUCAUGGAGUGUGGCGUUGACAACAUUCGAUCCUUGAAGGUGGAGUGUGGCGCCUGGGCAGGAUAUGAGCACUCCAGCUUCUGUGGCCAGCAGUUUGUUUUGGAGAGGGGAGAGUACCCUUACUGGGAGUCAUGGAGCGGCAGCAACGCCUACCACAUUGAGAGGAUGAUGUCUUUCCGCCCCAUCUGCUCUGCUAAUCACAAGGAGUCCAAGAUGGUGCUAUUUGAGAAGGAGAACUUCAUGGGGCGCCAGUGGGAGAUAAACGAUGACUAUCCUUCCCUGCAGGCUAUGGGCUGGGGCAACAACGAGAUCGGAUCUAUGCAAGUUCAGAGCGGCGCCUGGGUGUGCUACCAGUUUCCAGGUUACCGUGGUUACCAGUACAUCAUGGAGUGUGACCAUCACGGUGGCGAGUACAAACAUUACAGAGAGUGGGGCUCCCACGCUCAGUCCUUCCAGGUGCAGUCGCUGCGUCGAAUCCAGCAAUGAGACCCCGCGGCCUCCUCUCCCAGCCUCUCGCUCUUUACCUCCUCCAGAUCUUCCCUCCUGCUCCUCCUCUUCCACCCUUAACCCAAUCAUUCCAGCACCUUCUGGUGCUUUAUCAUCGAGAUGUUUACGACACUUUUCUUGUCUGUUGCCAAAUGAAAAUAAAGAGAAAACAUGAGAAGAAUAAAAGAAAGUUAAAAACAGGCCACUGUAGAGAAGCUCCUGACUGAUGCCCCGCUGAGGAAAGAAAAGGAGGAUGCUAAAAACAGGCCUCAAGGCAGCAGCAGGGUGGUGAUGUCACUCAGAGUCAUUGCUCCUCAUAUUUGUGGAUAACUGUGGUGCUGCCAGUGUUCAAUAAAGACAGAAGAAGGCAACUUAAAUAAAGAGUCUGCUGCUAA